CCGGCGCGAAGCGUGUGUACUCCUCUGGCACUCUUUAGUCCAUAAUCAUUUAGAAUACCAAUUUGUCGUAUUUUUAUAAAGAAAGUAUGAUAUGAAAUCGCAUAAAUUAUUCAAAAUAAAAUCAUAUACAAUGUGUCUCACGAAAUGAAACAGCACCAAUAGCUAACGGAUAAUUAUAUUAAAUGGAUUGAGACAUUUUAUAUCACCGCUGAUAAGUUGAUAUAGUUUGAAAAAUGGGCUCAAUCGUGUUAAAGAGUUUAUCAAUCCUUUUAGGAGUGUUUUUUAUAUUUGUCGGAAUCACAAAGUUGACGCCUUUUAUUUCGAAGGAACUACACAAGGACUUGAGGAAGGAGUACGUUAGAUAUGCCAAGGUGUUCCCACUCACAGAGACGCUGGACUUCAAGCUGCCGUCGAAAUGGUACAGGCGAGCCGUGGGCGCGCUCGAGAUACUCUUCGGGCUCACCAUGGCAUUAUUUCCUGGACAUAAGAUAAAGAACGCAGCGAACAUCGGGCUGGUGGCGCUGAUGGUGCUAGCAGCGUACUCGCACGUGAUGGUGGGAGACCCGUUCGACCGCUGCGCGCCGGCGUUGGUGUUCUUCUUCAUGCUGAGCGGGCGGCUCGUCGUCUGGUACCAGAUCAGCCGCCGCGAGGAGCUAGAGAAGACCGCAGCCACACAGAACGGCAACGGACUCAAAAGAGACUAACUCAAUCCAUUCUUUCUUUGAAUUGCUUACAAAUUUCAGUACCGUGAGUGGUUUAAAUUGGUAUUUUUAAUGCAUUUUGCAUAUGUAUUAAUUUAACGUUAUUGUAAAAUGUUGGAAAAUCCAGUCGUAACGACUUUUCGUCACUUUUCUGUGAUUUACUCUAGUCACUCGCCGUUGUUUUAGUUAAGUUUGACAACAGCCGAACUAAAACCUACUAGUAGUAGGUAGGUUUUAAGAAUUCGGGCCCCAUCUUCAGAUCACAAUAUUAACUCGUGCUCCGACACCCGAAGGGAGCUAUUUGUACCUAAAAGUGAUAUUAAUUUAAGCGAUACCUAAGCACUAGGUUCAUUUUGUAUGUGCGAGUAUGUUUGUUUGUAAUUUAGGGACUACGGUAACUGCCACUGUAUAUUAUUAUUGGUAGGUUUAGCCAACUAAUGCACAAAGAUUUAUCUUUGGUUGACGCACCCUUACAUGUUGUGGUGUCUGAUUUGCUCAAAGGGAGUCUUGAAGGUUAGCUAUGUAUUAAAUUAAUUUUGUUACCAUCGUGACGAAUUAAGAGAACACGUAUGUUCGUGUAGGUAUCAAUAAAUAAAUUAUUAUGAUAUGUAACAUUUUAGGUAUAUUCAUUCGUAACAUGAUCGUUACCCAUUAGAAACUUCACAUUGACUGGAGAUGACAAACUGUUUAAUAUUCAUUGCAAUUUUGAUAAAAUUAGAUAAUUGUAUUAUUUAUUUGUGUGAUGUGCGUCGUUGGAGUGUGAUUGUUUGAAUAAAUGGAAAGGAGAA